AUGCCGGCCAAGAGGAGAACUGCAAAUGCGGCAUCGACCAGCAAAAAUGGAGAAAGUCCGUUGAGUCCGCGAUCAGACGAUCCAGCGUACCAAGAAAAAAGAAAGAAAAACAAUGAGGCUGUACAACGCACCCGUGAAAAGACCAAAAAGUCGGCGGAGGAACGGAAAAAACGCAUCGACGAUUUGCGAAGGGAAAACGACACACUGAAAGUUCAAAUAGAGCAGGGCGAAAAACAUAUAUCCACACUAAGGGAUCUCAUUAUCCAGGGCGAGAAAACGGAGGACGGACACCGCAUCAUCCAGGAGAUACUCGCAGGAUCGGAUCCAGAAGAUAAUGACUAACGAGGAGUUGCUCCUGAUUUACUUUAUAAUUUUUACCUACUUUUAGGAAUCUGGGAUUUGGCAAUUUUAAAUGUCCUUUUCCUUAUUCUUUUUGGUAUCUUAAUACCAUACUUAAUCUAUAUUCAUCUGUAUCUAUAAGUUAAUUUUAUUGGUUUAUUAUUUAUAACCUUUGUAAUAGAUACAUAAGUUUAAAACUAAUUUAAACCUUACAAAAAAAUAAGCAAGUUUAACAUAUUAACAUUAAAUAAACCAAUAAUGUAUCCCA